AUGGGGCCCAGCCAGGCCUGCAACUUUAUGUCCCACGAGAAGUGCCUGAAACAGGUGAAGACCCCAUGUACGUCUGUGGCUCCCAGUCUGGUGCGGGUCCCUGUAGCCCAUUGCUUUGGAUCUCGUGGCCUCUAUAAACGCAAGUUCUGUGGGGUCUGCCGCAAGGGCUUGGAGGUACCUGCGCUCCGUUGUGAAGUGUGUGAGCUGCAUGUUCACCCCGACUGUGUGCCCUUCGCCUGUAGUGACUGCCGCCAGUGCCAUCAGGAUGGGCACCAGGAUCAUGACAUGUACCUCCACCACUGGCGGGAGGGGAAUCUGCCUUCUGGAGCACGCUGUGAGGUCUGCAAGAAGUCCUGUAGCUCCUCGGACGUGCUGGCUGGCGUGCGCUGCGAGUGGUGUGGCGCCCAGGCCCACUCGGUGUGCUGUGCAGUGCUGGGCCCCGAGUGCUCAUUUGGGCGCCUGCGCUCCAUGGUCCUGCCCCCGGCAUGCGUACGUCUGCUCUCCCGAAAUUUCAGCAAGCUGCACUGUUUCCGCAUCCCAGAGACAGCAGCCCUGGAGCUGGGCAAUGGGGAGGACGGUGUAGAUGGAAGUGUGGCCACUGGACCCAGCAGAGAGGCGCUGGCAGCUCUGGACUCCAGCAAGCAGACCCUGAAGAUCUUUGAUGGCAAUGAUGCCAUGAGGAGAAAUCAGUUCCGCCUGGUCACUGUUCCCCGCCUGGCCAGGAGCCAGGAGGUGCUGGAGGUGGCGCUGCGGGCCUACUAUGUAAACGAGGACCCAGGGGACUUUGAGCUACAGGCCCUGCCCCUGCCCUCACUGGCUAGUGAUGCACCAGAGAAGACUGGAAGUGGUGGGACUGCUGAGGAGGAGGCCAGCGGAGGCCCUGGGACCCGAGAGCCCAUGCCCGAGGCCUGGGUCAUCCGGGCUCUGCCUCGUGCUCAGGAGGUCCUGAAGAUCUACCCUGGCUGGCUCAAGGUGGGUGUGGCCUACGUGUCCAUCCGUGUGACCCCACAGAGCACAGCACAGGCCGUGGUGCUGGAGGUACUCCCGCUGUUUGGACGCCAGACUGAGGAUCCGGAAAACUUCCAGCUGAUCGAGGUGCUCAUGGGCAGCAGGCAAGUGCAGCGGACGGUGCUGGAGGGUGAGGAGCUCCUGCUACACCGGCUUCUGGACAUCCGGCAGACCUCUGUACGCCAGGUGAGCCAGACGCGAUUCUACGUGACUGAGAACAGGGCAGUAGCCCCGCAUGUCUCCCUACUUGUGAGUGGCCUUCCACUGGGCCUUUCUCCCCAGGAGUACAGCAGCCUGCUGCAUGAGGCCAUGGCCACCAAAGCUGCUGUGGUGUCCGUGAGCCACGUCUACUCCUCACAAGGCGCAGUGGUACUGGACGUCACGUGCUUUGCAGAGGCUGAGCGACUGUACAUGCUGGUCAGGGACACAACCCUGCACGGCCGGCCGCUGACGGCACUGGUGCUGCCGGAAGUGCUGCACACAAAGCUGCCCCCAGACUGCAGCCCUGUUCUUGUGUUUGUGAACCCCAAGAGUGGGGGCCUCAAGGGCCGAGACCUGCUCUGUAGUUUCCGGAAGCUGUUGAACCCACAUCAGGUCUUUGAGCUGACCAAUGGAGGGCCUCUUCCUGGGUUUCACCUGUUCUCCCAGGUGCCUUGCUUCCGGGUGCUGGUAUGUGGCGGGGAUGGCACUGUGGGCUGGGUGCUCACCACACUGGAGGAGACCCGGCACCAUUUGGCCUGCCCAGAGCCAUCUGUGGCGAUCCUGCCCCUGGGCACAGGGAACGACCUUGGCCGGGUCCUCCGCUGGGGGGCAGGCUACAACGGCGAGGACCCGUUCUCGGUGCUGGUGUCUGUGGAUGAGGCUGACUCUGUGCUUGUGGACCGCUGGACCAUCCUGCUAGAUGCCCAUGAGAUGGGGAGUGCAGAGAACAAGGCGGCUGACUUGGAGCCACCCAAGAUUGUGCAGAUGAGUAACUACUGUGGCAUUGGCAUCGAUGCAGAGCUCAGCCUGGACUUCCACCAGGCACGGGAGGAGGAGCCUGGCAAGUUCACAAGCAGGUUCCACAACAAGGGUGUGUAUGUGCGGGUCGGGCUGCAGAAGAUCAGCCGCUCCCGAGGCCUGCACAAGGAGGUCCGGCUGCAAGUGGAGCAGCAGGAGGUGGAGCUGCCCAGCAUUGAGGGCCUCAUCUUCAUCAAUAUACCCAGCUGGGGCUCUGGGGCCGACUUGUGGGGCUCUGACAGCGAUUCAAGGUUUGAGAAGCCACGCAUGGACGAUGGGCUGUUGGAGGUAGUAGGUGUGACUGGAGUUGUGCACAUGGGCCAGGUGCAGGGUGGACUACGCUCUGGAAUCCGCAUUGCCCAGGGCUCAUACUUCCGGGUCACACUCUUCAAGGCCACCCCUGUGCAGGUGGAUGGGGAACCCUGGAUUCAGGCUCCAGGGCAUAUGAUCAUCUCUGCAGCUGGCCCUAAGGUCCACAUGCUGCGGAAGGCCAAGCAGAAGCCCAGGAAGGCUGGCACCGUCAGGGAAGCUCACGUCGACGCCUUGCCUGCUCCUGAGGGUGAUCCCAAGUAGAGGGGAGACGUCGAGGGGGCUCUGUGUCUAUCCCAUGCUCUGCACACUGGCUGGCCAGCAGAGGGACUUGGCUGCAGCCUUGAUGACAGCAUCCUCCUGGGCCCUCACUAGGACAGUGCUGGCAGGGGCUGGCCAUUUCUCCCUUGGCUCCAGUACUAGUCUGCUUGGCAGGUAGACACGAGGCUCAGGCGGGGCCCAUACCCGCACCAGUCACAAGGAGUUUCAGGGGGAGCAGGUAUGGCCUGGGCACCUCUCCCUUCGCACCACCUGAGCCAGGUAGCCAUGGGUGCAGGUCAUCCAGGUGGGCCUCAUUCAGUGCUCAUCCUGUCCCUGACCCAGCCGAUGCAGAAUGUUGCCAGUACUCAUGCUUACUGGUGGGAAGUAUGGCCAGCCCCUUGCUGGGCAGGGUGACCUCAUUUGCUGGCCUCAUCAUUGCAGAUGGACCCUUGGAACAUGGGUGGCCAUUACAAAGCCCAAGCAGUGCCAGCUGGGCUUGACUGCCCUUCCCAGUGCCUCUGCUAUGGUGAUCUUGUGGCGAGCUGCGUCGGGCUUCUGCACUGCCUGCCCAGCAGCUGGAGGAUGACUGGGCCGCACCUAACCCUGUUCCCUGGGUGAAGUGCUUCCUGCCUGAGGGAACUUGAGGUGGGCUUGGUGGGAGUGUAGAUAACACCUGUGCGCGUGAAGCCUUCAUACCCUUAGACUCAACUAUGACUAUAGCACUUUAUAGACACACUAUCUGCUAGCCCCAAAGCUCUUCCCUGGCGGUACAGAGUGCUACCCAGUUCCCACACUCCACACUGCUGGCCAGGCCUUGCUGGGGGCAUUGUCCUUACAGACGGCCCAGUUGGAGUGAGAUGAAUGUUUCUUCCAUGUGCCCAAGAAUUCAUUGUCAUACCUCACACCCUUCAGGAACGACCAAAAGAUGAGCAGCCUAUGUGGAAGUCUGAGACCCCCACUCCCAAAGAAAGGGGAUACAUGUCCAAAUCCUUCCCUUCUGGUUGGUACUGAGUGUGCACUGCUCACAAGUGGUUGUGCCACACCCCAGGGUGUGUCCUUCCUGGCCUGCAGCCUCCUGGGCCACGCGUGGUGCCACUGAGUGCUCAGUGGUGCCCUCCCUUGCUUCUGCCAAAACUGCACAAAUGCAUCUUACGGCCAUUAUGGUCUCAGUGUAGACAUUCCUCAUGUUUACAUCAUUUGUAAUCCUCGAUGGGAUAGUUUUUGCUUUGAUUUCAAUCUGUAGGAAUUAUUUGUAAAUUGUGGCCUGUGUGGCAUGUCCUCUGUAUUUAAGUGAGUCUGUCCCCUGUGCACUGGUCCUCUGUGUAUGUAAUUUAUCGCUACCUGAAUGUGACCUAACUUAUAUCUGGGACAAAUACAGUCUGGGCUUCACUGUG